AUGGGGUGGGCGUCGUGGCAAUAUUUCUACCUCAUGCUUCCCCUCCUUGUGGCGAUCGCGGCGGUGGUCUACGUUGUUCGCGAGAGGCUCAUCGUCGACGGACGACGUCUAACAGUGUUGGUGGUGGAUGAUGACGACAAAGUUGUUAUAGUUCCUGGGACGGUAGUGAAGUACUGUAGGCGCCAAGACGAGGAGGACGAUGGGAAAUCACAAGAAAGCUGCGGCGGCGGUUGUGCGAUAUGCCUGGAGGAGUGGGAGGAAGGAGAUGAGUGCAGAGUGCUGCCGGAGUGCAACCACAGGUACCAUAAGGCUUGCGUUGAUGUCUGGCUCCUCACCGCCGCCGGUGACAAUCACGGCUGCCCCAUCUGCCGCUCUUGUGUUUUUUCCCACUAA